UCCAUCAACACUUCAAGCCAUCUCUCUCUGCUUCAUCAUCUGAUGGGAAAAUCCCCUGGAAGGGCAAAGCAUCUCUGAGAGUGCCAAAAAGGGGAACUGAAGGGUGUCGUAUUUAUGCUCAGUAAAAAAUAUUGCAAAAUAGAUUAUUAGCAGAGAUGGUUGAAUCUACUGACAAUAAAUAGCAAAGACUAGGAAGGCUCUGGAGGAGGUUUGCUGUGUACUUAAAAAAGUGCCUUUUAUGAAGUCACUUUUGCCAUAACAUCGACAGCGAACCUUCUGUGUUUUUAACACAGGCUGCCAAACACCGAAUCCUGUUCCAAAGUGUGGAUGCAUUUUUUUUGGACUCUCUUCAUUUGCAAUUAGCUCGACCAGAAAUGGACUACGAAUCAGCAAAGAAAGGAGAAAAGGAGAGAAACACUGUCCAGUGAAGAGUCUGAGUUUCCCAUAAGGCUGACAUAGUUGUCUGUCAUUAUCUAAUCAAUAACAAAAAGGGGCCAAUCAAGAAUUAAUAUUCCAUCAACCAGUGCCAUUGAAUUGGAGAAUCUUAAUGGAAAGCCUUUGUCAGCAAAACUGUUCUGACCUUUCAAACUGCUGAGGAUUAAGAGUAUGUUGUCUAAUCAGCCAAAACUGUAUAAGUGGGGCAAAUUGAUUGAUGAGUGACUUGGUACCGAUACAUUUGCCUUUUUAAUGCAGUUUUUCUUCUUUUGGACUCCAGCAGUUAUUUCCUUUUUAAUUUACUGAAGAUUUCUAAGGACUCUUAUUGCUUAAACGGACAUUUUGUGAGACUAUUAAUAGUAAGACUUGAGUCUGUUUUUAUCCAAUUCCAGCAUGGCUUUGAAUGUUGCUCCUGUAAGAGAUACAAAAUGGCUGACGCUGGAAGUGUGCAGACAGUAUCAGAGAGGAACUUGUUCGAGAUCUGACGAGGAAUGUAAAUUUGCACAUCCACCAAAAAGUUGUCAAGUUGAAAAUGGACGUGUCAUUGCAUGUUUUGAUUCCCUUAAGGGUCGAUGUUCAAGGGAGAACUGCAAAUAUCUUCAUCCACCAACACAUUUAAAAACCCAGCUAGAAAUUAAUGGCAGAAAUAAUCUCAUCCAGCAGAAAACCGCAGCAGCAAUGCUUGCCCAGCAAAUGCAGUUUAUGUUUCCUGGCACACAGCUGCCGCCAAUGCCCUCGUUUCCUGUAGGCCCAGCAUUAGGAACAAAUACAGCUUUUAGUUUUGGUCCGUACCUAACGCCGGUAACGCAGGGAGUUGGAUUAAUGCCCACUGAAUUACUUCAGUCCACACCUAUGAUUGUUCCUGGAAGUCCUCCUGUGUCAGUCCCUGGUUCUAAUGCUACUCAGAAACUUCUCAGGACAGAUAAAUUAGAGGUAUGCAGGGAGUUUCAGAGAGGAAAUUGUGCACGGGGAGAAACUGAUUGCCGCUUUGCUCACCCAGCGGACAGCACUAUGAUUGACACAAAUGAUAACACUGUAACCGUUUGUAUGGAUUACAUUAAGGGUCGCUGCAUGAGGGAGAAAUGCAAAUAUUUUCACCCUCCUGCACAUUUGCAGGCCAAAAUCAAAGCUGCACAGCACCAAGCCAACCAAGCUGCAGUAGCUGCACAAGCAGCUGCUGCAGCAGCAACAGUGAUGACGCAGUCGACUGCCAAAGCAAUGAAGCGACCUCUCGAAGCAACUGUAGAUCUGGCAUUUCCUCCUGGCGUUUUGCACUCUUUACCAAAGCGACAAGCUCUUGAAAAAAGCAAUGGUGCCAGUGCGCUGUUUAAUCCUAGCGUCUUGCACUACCAGCAGGCUCUGGCUAAUGCACAGUUACAACAACCUGCAGCAUUUUUUCCAGCAGUACCCAUGAUGCACAGCGCUACGUCCGCCAAUGUCUCUGCAGCAACAACUCCUGCAACAAGUGUCCCCUUCGCCGCAACAGCCACAGCCAAUCAGAUCAUACUGAAGUAAUCAGCAAGAGCGGGGCAGAGCAUCAUGAAGAUCCACAGAAGAUAGCAAAACACUCAUAUUGUACAUACUAUCCCAUCUCCUCCUCUAUAGAGUUGCCACAAACUGCAUGCUAAAAAAAGGAUUCCGUUCUCAUUACGGACAAAAAAACUUUUAAGAAGCUAGUGCUGCUAUAUUAUGGAAUAAUAAUAUAUAUGAUAUGCUUAAUAUAUUCCAACAUGAAGUAGUUAACUACCUGAUACCAGCUGUGAUGUUAAAAUGUUAAUGGGUAAAGUUUACUUUUUAAUAUUUUGUAUACUAGAUCCCCUUAAAAAUAUUGUCUUACCUCCUGUUAUAUCUAUAGCAGAUGUGGAUGGUGUGGUCCCCAUUAUAUUGUACGUUUUAAAUGAUCCAAAUCAUUUAAAGUUUACAAAACCCAUGACUGAUGUAAAUGUGUUCAGUUGUGAAUAUUAACUGAUUUAUAUUUAUUUUAGCCAUUAAUAAAUAGCCAUGAGAUUUUUCCCUCAACAGAGAAGACCAAGCAAGAAAGGCACCAUCAGAUAUGGAAAUAUGUUUAAGCACAAAUAUAGAGCAUUUAAACCACACUCAUAUAUAAGGUGUAUUAAAAAAGCUAUGUUUAAAUAGGUUGGGUUAAACGGAAAAAAAACUUUGCACAGUAUGACUGUCAUACACAAGAAAGUCUUGAAUUCUUUAAGUUGUAUACUGUUUUCUAACCAAGACUUUGUAGAAGUGCCUAAAUUUUGCCAGAGUACAUCAGACGCAAAAAGAAUUGAAACUGAUGCCAAAUGCCCAGUCACAAAGAUCUAAACUUCUAAAUGUUAUUAACGUAGCAUGUUGGGUCUCCAGCAAAUCACAAGGCAUCAGAGGAGGAGUUUUCUGUGAUAAAUGAAUGUACAAUAGAUUAUAACAGUCACUCACAACAUUAUGGUGACUCUAAUCAAUAUUAAUAGACACUUUUAAGUCUACUGAAAAUUUUAAUUAGACCCAUUCUAAUGUUGCAGGUGCUUGCAAGACACUGCAGAGCAAUGUUUGCAAGUCCCAAUAACGUUACCUCUCUGCCAAAGGAGAAAUAAUUCUUGCUAGUAGAGAUGUGCAUUCAGAGGUUUUGUGAACCUCUGAAAGCAGAAGGCAGCCCUUUGUGCCGCUCGGCUAUUUUCAUUCACAAUUUAAUUCUUGGGCAACAGCAACACGCUAAAAUCUGUGCAAAUUCAGAUUUUAGCGUGUUGCUGUUGCAUGAGAAAAAAUUUGGCAAUGAAAAUAGCCAAACGGCACGAAGGGUCGCCUUCUUCUUCCGCUUCACAAAACCUCUGAAGGUACAUAUCUACUUGCUAGACCCUUGUCUUGCAAAGGGGUUGAAUGGGGUUGGUAUUGUUAUAUUUUUCUUAUGAUUGGAUAAAGAAAGUUGUAACAGGGUUACAGCGCAGGAAAAUGUACUUAACCUUUUCAGGUAAACUUUAUUUCUCAAAAGUAUGAAGAUUUAUUUGGAAACGCGGCAGAAUACCUAUAAAUAAAUCAUAUUUUAAUGUUUACUUUUAAAGUAGGCUAAUGAUAAAUGUAUGUACAUUUAAUAUGUAAUUUAGUUUAAGGUUUAUUUCAAGCACUAUUGUACCAAAUAUUUCAUGUUUCUAUGUUGCACAUUAGUCACAAAGUAUGUUGUUGCUGAAUAAUGGUUAUCAGAACAGCUGUUAUACAUGAAUAGUAAAGUGUUAGAAAUCUGUUAUUUUUUUCUCUUGUAAAACAAUAUAGUGAUUGCAGUAUUUUAAGAAAAUUUAAAGAAUUGAAUGUAAACUAUUUUUUAAUGUGGACAGCCUGCUCUGUAAGAAGGCUCUAUAAUUAUAGAAUCAGGUAACAUUUUUGCCUUUUUUGUUCCUUUUGUAAUAUAUGUGAUAUGUUUGAUUUAUACUCAUAUAUUAAAGCAGAUCCUAUUAUUCAAAUAACUAAAUAAAAUUAAUAUGGAAUAGUGUAUUUAACCUUACUUACUUCAAUAUACAGUUAUUGGAUUUUGACCAACCUUUAACAGGUUAAUUAUUGGUCUUACAUGGUUAAUUUCAUAUUAUUAUUUUUUUUAUUAUUAUUUUUAAGUGUGAUGUAAAAGAAGAUACAUAGAUUAGGUUUAACUUUUUACUUUAUAAAACAUAUUUUCUUAUUUGUAAGGUUUCAGAGUUUGGAUUACUUGAUCUGUGUUUUGUUUGGCUUUAUUUUAGGUUUUUUUUAUAAUGUUCUCGAAUUUAGAUCUUAAUUAAAAAUUAGACAGAUUAUUUUAUUUUGUGGCAGGUUGUAAAGUGUGCUUGUAAAAUACCUACAUUGCAGAACAAAAACAUAUAUUUUAAAAACUUUCAUGAACUGCAAAACAGAGAAACCAGUUGAUCAGUGUCCAAAUGUAUUUUUUAUAUCAAUACGAUAAUCUACCAUAUAUAAUCACAAAUAAUAUUAUUAUUAACCAUCUGUCUCUUAUAGAAGGCUUUAAUACAUUGCUUUUCUGUGCAGUGUAGCCUACUCUGGAUGCCAGACAUUAAUCAGAGUCAAAUUAAUUGAGCCUGUUUUUGACAUUGUGAAUGCUUACGAUAGCUACCACCCUGUAAUUUAUAUUUAUAUAUACUUUGUUAUACUUUCCAUAUUUUAUUAUUCACAAACACUACGGUGCUUAAUAUUUCUUGUUUAUCUCCAUCAAUAAUAAAGAAACUAGCUUACCAUUUUUUUGAAAGCUGAAAAUAAAAUAUGAUUUUAGUUGCAUUUUAAUACCUAUGAAGAUUUUAUCCUUUUGGGGGGAAAAAAAUAUUACAUAGAAAUAUUAUAUAUAUUUAAAACAGAGGUUUUGAAAGAAAUAUCAAUUAUUACGUUUUUUGCAAGUAAUUGAAAAGGUAUAUAAAUUGGUAAAUCAAAGUGUUUGUGAAUAAUAAUAAAUAAAACAAGACCAAAAUCACUGAAGUUACUGGUAUUCAUACUUAAACGAAAAAGAAAAAUACUAUUUUUGAUCUGCAAUGUUAUUCUUCAAGGUCUUCUCUCUGUCUGAGGAUGUAAAAUAUUGCAAAAGUUGAAUAAAUUAUUUUGGCGCAGGAA